GGAUGGAGCCUCUGACUUCGUGGGGCGGGAGUCAGGCUCGCUAGAACUGUAUGGAUAGGGCCUCUGUCGUCGGGUGAUGGAAGCCAGCUUCGCUGGGGCUGUAUGGACAGAACCUCUGACCUCUGGGGGCGGGGGGCGGGCUCGCUGGAGCUGUGUGGAUGGAGCCUCUGUCGUUGGGUAAUGGGAGCUGGGCUCCUGGACCUUGUGGAUGGUACCUCGGACCUUGGUGGGCAGGAGCCAGGCUUGCUGGGGGCUGUGUGCACUGGGCGUCUAACCUCGGAGGGCUGGAGCUGGGCUCCGUGUGUGGGGGGGUUGUGGAUGGGGUCUUAGAGCUGGGGGGAGUCAGGAGCCAGGCUCUCUGGGCCUGUGUGGAUGGAGCCUCUGACCCGGGAAAGCAGGAGCUGGGCUUCCUGGGGCUGUGUGGACGGAACCACUGACCUUGAUGGGGGGAGGGCAGGAGCCCGGCUCGCUGUGGCUGUGUGGACAAGGCUCUGUCCUCAGGUGAUGGGAACCCGGCUCGCUGCGGCUUGUGGACGGGAGGGGACCUCUGACCCGGUGGGGCAGUGGGAGCCAGGCUUGCUAGGGCUGUGUGGAUGUGGUCUCUGACUUCAGAAGGUGGGAGCCACUCACUGGGGCUGUGUGGACAGGGCCUCUGACUUUGGGGGCGGGGGCUUGGUUCCCUGGGGCUGUGUGGAUGAGGCGUCUGACCUCAGUGGGCAGGAGCUGGGUUUACUGGGCUGUGUGGGGAGCUGGGCUUACUGGGCUGUGUGGAUGGGGCAUCUGACCUCGGAAGGUGGGAGUCUGGCUCCCCGGGGCAGUGUGAACGGUGCCUCUGACCUUGGAUGGUGGGAGCUGCACUCGCUGGGGCUGUGUGGACCGGGUUUCUGUCAUCCGGUGACAGGAGCCGGGCUUCCUGGGGCUGUGUGGACGGAACCUCUGACAUCCAGGGGUGGGGGCUGGGCUCACUGGAUCUGUGUGGACGGCGCCUAUGACCUCUGUGGGCAGGAGCCAGGCUUGCUGGGGCUGUGUGGACAGAGCCUCUGACUUGGGAAGGUGGGAGCCGCACUCGCUGUGGCUGUGGUGACGGAAUCUUUGACCUCCGGGGCGGGGUGGGAGGAGUGGGAGUCUUACUCGCAGCGGCUGUAUGGAUGAGACCUCUGACCUGGGAACACAAGAACCAGCCUCUGGGGCUGUGUGGACCCGGACUCCCUGGGGCCUCUGACCUCAGGGACUGGAGUCAUGCUUGCUACGGCUGUGUGGACGGGGUGACUGAGCUUGGAAGGUGGGAACUGGGCUCCCUGGGGGUGUGUGGACGGGACCUCUGACCUUGGUGGGCUGGAGCCAGGCUCACUGGGAUUGUGUGGAUGGGGCUCUGACCUCGGAAGGUGGGAGUCGGGCUCCCUGUGGCUGUGUGGACGGAGCCUCUGAUCUCGGGGGGCAGGAGGGGCGGGAGCCAGGCUCGCUGGGGAUGUGUGGAUGGGGCCUGUUUGACAGGAGACAGGCUCGCUGAGGAUGUGUGGACGAGACCUCUGACAUCGUCCGGCGGGAGCCAGGCUCCCUGGGUCCGUGUGAACGGGGACUCUGUUGUUGAGGGACGGCAGCCGGGCUUAUUGGGGCUUGUGGAUGGGGCCUCUGACCUUGGGGAGCCGGGCUUGCGGAGGCUGUGUGGACUUGGCUCUGACCUCGGUGGGUGGAAGCCAGACUUGCCGAGGCUGUGUGAAUGGGGCUUUUGACCUCGGUAGGUGGGAGCCCAGCCCGCUGGGCUGUGUGGACGGCACCUGUGACCUCUGGGAGUGGGGGUUCGGGAUUGCUGGAGCUGUAUGGACAGGCCUCUGACCUCCGUGGGCCGUAGCCGGGCUUGCUGAGACUGUGUGGACAGGCCUCUGAUCUUGAAGGGUGGGAGCUGGGAUCGGUGGGGGUGAGUGGACAGGGCCUCUGACCUCAGGGUUGCAGGGAGGCAGGAGCCGGGCUCGCUAGGGCUGUAUGGACUGGGCCUCUGUCGUCAAGGGACAGGAGCUGGGCUCACUGGGGCAUGUAUACGGCGCCUCUGACCUCGGGUGGGGUCGGGGGAGCUGCUCACUGGUGCUGUGUGGACACACUUCUGACCUGGGUGAGUGGAGGCUGGGCUUGCUGGGGUCCUGGGGACAGAGCCUGUCGGCGGCAGACGAGAGCCAGGCUUGCUGGGGUUUGUGGAUGGGGCCUCUGACCUCGACGGGGCAGUGGGAGCCAGGCUCCCUGGGACUGUGUGGACGGGGACUCUGACCUCAGAAGGUGGGAGCCCACUGCCUGGGGCUUUUGGAUAGAGCGUCUGACCUUGGGGGUGGGCGGGGGAGCCAGGCUCGCUGUGGUUGUGUGGACGGGGCCUCAUAGAAAGACAGGAGCCGGCCUUGCUGGGAUUUGCAGAUGGGACCUAUGACCUGGGAAGGCCUGAGCUGGGCUCCCUGGGUCUGUGUGGAUAGGGCCUCUGACCUCGGGGGCGGGAUUCGUGCUUGCUGCAGGCUGUAUGGAUGGGGCCUCUGACCUCCGUGGUCGGAUGCUGCUGUCAGACUGUGGGGCUGUGUGGACAGAGCCUCUGACCUGGGGGUGGGGGGCGGGCAGGAGCAGGACUCGCUGGGGUUUUAUGCACAGCCUCUGUCAUCGGGGGUCGGCAGUCAGGCUCUCUGGGGCUCGUGGAGGGCACCUCUGACCUCGGCAGAGCAGCGGGAGCUGGGGUCACUGGGGCUGUGUGGACGGGGCCUCUGACCUUGGGGGGCUGGGGCAGGGGGGCAGGAGCUGGGCUCGCUGGGGCUUGUGGAUGCAGCCUCUGACCUCGGGUGGGGUGGGGGGAGCCAGGCUCUCUGGGGCUCUGUGGACGUGGCUCUGACCCCAGUGGGCAGGAGCCGGGCUUGCUCUGACUGUGUGGACAGGGCCUCUGACCUUAGCAGGAGCUGCGUUCGGUGGGCCUGUGUGGAUUGAGCCUCUGACUUUGGGGGCCAGAGGGCUGGGAGUUAGGCUCGCUAGGGCUCUGUAGACGGGGCCUCUGUCGUCAGGUGAGGGAGCCGGGCUCGCUGGGGCUGUCUGGAUGGAACCUCUGAGCUCCAGGAGCGGGCGCCUUGCUCGCUGGAGCUGUGUGGACGGGGCGUCUGACCUCGGAGGGUGGGAUUUGGGCUUGCUGGAGCUGUGUGGACAGAGCGUCUGACCUCAGGGGAUGGUGGGGUGGACGGGAGCCCGGCUCGCCGUUCUAUGUGGCUGGGGCCUCUGUUAUUGAGGGAUGGGAGCCGGGCUCUCUGGGGCUCGUGGACGGGGCCUCUGACCUCGGUGGGCAGGAGCCGGACUCACUGGGGCUCUGUGAAUGGAGCCUCUGACUUCUUGGGCUGGGGGCCAGGCUCCCUGUGGUUGUGUGGACGGGGCCUUUGACUUGGGGUGGGGGAUGGGAGCCAGGCUCGCAAGGGCUGUUGGAAGGAGCCUCUGUCCUUGUAUGGGUGGGGUGGGGGAGCCGGUGAGGGACUGGAUUUGGAUGGCCGGUUGGCUGGCUCUUCUGGGAAUAUCCUGGAUAGAGAUCCAGGAUCUCCUUGAGGAGAGAAUAUCCUUGAGGACAGAGGGGUUUCCUGCGUCAGAUAGGAGGUGUAGGCGGGCAUUUGUACUGGUGCUUGGGAAAUGUGCCCUCCUGUAAGGGCCGUCCUGGCCAUGAGGGACAAAGUGGGUGGGGAAAAGCCGAGCAGGUCAACAUGGCAGUGACAUGAGGAGUCUGCAAAGGGGGUAGGGACUGUGUCUUUUAUUUUGGGGUUUCUAGGGAAUAGGGACUGUCUUUUAAUUUGGGGUUAGCAUUGUGCCUGUAAAAUAAUGUGCUUGGUAGUUUACUGAAUAACAAAACAGUAACAAAACAAAACACGGAAGGUCAGAUCCUGGGGUGUCUGAAUCCAGUCCACAGAGGAAGAGUUGGAACCCUGUUUUUGGUGGGGGAGUUGUGUUGAACGUGGUCAGAAUGGUGCUUUAGGAAAUACUAAUGCAGUGACAAUAGAGCAGGCUGUGGGGCAGGGAUACCACACAGAACGUUAUUGUAGUCGUGAAUGUCGGUGGUAAUGGGGAAUACAAGGGAGGAAAUGGCUGUAAGAGGUGUUCUGGAGGAUUCCCUGGACCCAGAAUGCUUAUGGAAAGGGGCAGGGUUUAAACCUGAACGCAUCAGGGUGGUGGUGAUGCCAGUGGGGGUGGGGAGAACAGUGAGUGCAGCUGUGACGGACUCCGAUUUCAGCUUGGGAUGUGUUGAGUUUAUGACCCAGGAGGAUCUGGAAGGCAUCCUACUGGCAUUUUAUGAUGUGCGUCAGGAACGAAAAGCAUGGAUGAAGCUUUGCCAGGCCUCACACCUGAAAACGGAGACAGCCUUGUGAAAGUGGAGGAGGAGGACCCCCCCUGGGAGCAGACAUGGGGCUCGAGGGAGAGCAGCCGCGACACUCAGGAGCUCUGCCGCCUGCGCUUCCGGCAGUUCUGCUACCGGGAGACCCCGGGGCCCCGCGAGGCGCUGAGCCGGCUGCGGGAGCUCUGCUGCCAGUGGCUGCAGCCUGAGACACACAGCAAGGAGCAGAUCGUGGAGCUGCUGGUGCUGGAGCAGUUCCUGACCAUCCUGCCCGAGGAGCUGCAGGCCUGGGUGCGGGAGCAGCAGCCGGAGAGCGGGGAGCAGGCGGUGGCCGCGCUGGAGGACCUGGAGAAAGACACGGGAGACCCAGGACAGCAGACAUCAGUGAAGACUGAGGAAGAAGCCACCCAGGCCCUUGUCACAGAGCAGUGGCCACCUCCGAGUCGGACCCCCGGGAACCCCCAUGGGAAGUCGGCUCAGGAGAAGGUUCCAGACGUCUGUCUGAUGGCUGAAGAAGUUGUAACUGAAGAUGGAUUAUUUAAUGCAAAGACAGAAACUUCUCAAGAAACGGAGCGUGCUGCUGAGGCCCCAGGAACAGCCAGUAGAGAUGGCAUGCCCCAGCCACCUUGUACUUCUGUCCCUGCUGACAGGACAGUUGCGCAUUUGAACACCCUGAAGGACCGUUACCCGGGUGACUUGUGGGCCCGAAUGCACAUCUCCUCCUUGGAAUAUGCUGCAGGAGACAUGACCCGCAAGGGGAGGAGAAAGGACAGAGCUCGGGUGAGUGAACUGCUCCAAGGCCUUGCAUUCUCUGGGGACUCAGAUGUGGAAGAAGAUAACAAGCUUGAGGCCCACCACGUUCAAAAGAAGCUAAAGAUGUCAGAUGUACCAGAGAAGAACUGGACCAAAAGAGACAUUAAACCCAACUUCCCAAGCUGGUCAGUGCUGGAUUCUGGACUUUUGAAUCUCAAGAGUGAGAAGCUGAACCCAGUAGAGCUUUUUGAGUUAUUUUUUGAUGAUGAAAUAUUCAACAUGAUUGUCAAUGAAACCAAUAAUUACGCAUCUCAGAAAAAUGUCAGCCUGGAAGUCACAGUUCCGGAAAUAAGGUGUGUCUUGGGUAUCUUGCUUUUGAGUGGAUUUGUGAGGCGUCCCCGAAGGGGAAUGUACUGGGACAUCUCUGAUGCUGACCAGAACCUGGUUAGAGAUGCAAUUAGAAGGGACAGAUUUGAAUUGAUUUUCUCAUACCUACAUUUUGCAGAUAAUAGCCACCUAGAUCAAAAAGAUAAGUUUACAAAGUUGAGGCCUCUCAUAAAGCAAAUGAAUAGAAAUUUCCUCCUGUAUGCUCCCCUGGAAGAGUACUAUUGUUUUGGUAAGACGAUGUGUGAAUGCUUUGACAGUGACCAGUUCCUGAGUGGGAAACCUCUUAGAAUUGGCUAUAAAAUCUGGUGUGGCACAACCACACAGGGUUAUCUGGUGUGGUUUGAGCCUUAUCAAGAAGACUCAGCAGUGAUGGUGGGUAAGGAUGUCGAUCUGGGUUUAGGUGGGAAUCUAGUGCUGCAUUUUGCUGAUGUUCUUCUAGAGAGAGGCCAGUAUCCCUACCACCUGUUUUUUGAUAGCUUCUUUACGAGUAUCAAAUUGGUGUCAGCCUUGAAGAAAAAAGGACUGAGGGCAACAGGAACAAUUCGAGAGAACAGGACUGAAAAAUGUCCCCUCAUGAAUGCAGAACAUAUGAGGAAAAUGAAGAAGGGAUAUUUUGAUUUCCGAGUAGAAGAAAAUGAGGAGAUAAUUUUGUGUCGUUGGCAUGGCGAUGGCAUUACCAGCCUGUGCUCCAACGCUGUGGGCAUAGCACCAGCCCGGGAGCUCAGGGGUUCUGCUAAUGAGGAGGACGUCCACCAGGGAGCUCAGCCGGCCCUAGUGAAACUGUAUGGUGAGUGCAGGGAAGGUGUCGCUAAAAUGGAUCAAAUCAUUUCCAAGUACAGGGUGAGAAUAAGAAGCAAGAAAUGGUACUCAAUUUUGGUGAGUUACAUAAUUGAUGUGGCCAUGAACAACGCCUGGCAGCUACAUAGAGCCUGUAACCCGGGCACCACUCUAGACCUCCUAGAGUUUCGGAGAUACGUUGCACAUUUCUACUUGGAGCACAACGCUAAUCCGUCAGAUUAAGGCAGAAAAAAUGAACAUGAUGCCAAUAUUAACGGGACAAAAAUAUCACAGGUACAAAUCCAAUUGUACCCUUCCAAAGCAAACCUAAUGCAUGUAAUGGAAUUAUUAAGUAAAUAUUUUUUAAAAAGCCGAGCAUCUGUGUAGAGUUUCAAAGACUACUGUAACAAGUAAUUUUUUAAAAAUUAUCUGUAAAAAUGUUGAACUUGAGUGUUACCUUUUUCUAUGACUAAUUUUUGAUGUGAGAUAUGGGAAAUCAUUUGUUGAAUUGAUUAAAUCGAGGUACAGUUUCAUUCUUUCAGCGCACAAAUUAAUUUUUUGUGGAGAUUUUUAAAAAAUGCAAGUGCUGUCAUAGUAACCACAGGGUGGUGCUGAAUCUGCAGUUGAAAAUCCAGGCAGAUGGGUGGCUCAGUUGGU